AUGUCGGAUGCUAAUGAAGUUAAGUUGUGUUUGAAAGUUAUGGUAAACAAACAAAAAACUAAAGUACUAUUUGCAGAAAUCGACAGCAAUUUCGCGGAUGUUUUACUGAGCUUUCUGACAUUGCCAUUGGGAAAGAUUGUCGGGAUUCUGAAGAAACAUUAUGGAGAAGAAGCACCUGUGAAAUUUGGAAGCUUAACCACUUUGUACGACGGCUUAGCAAAUAUCGAGAGUAAUCAUUUCUGGACAGAGGGUUGUAAAGACAUGCUGCUGAAUCCGAGAAGUUCAUUUGAAGCUGAAUGUCUUAAACUCAAACUCGAUAUCGGAGAUACUCAGCCAACACGAUUCUUUGGAUGCGCUGAUACAGAUUGUAAGAAGAAGAGAUCUAAUGUAACCAUGUAUUAUGGUAACACUGAAUGUGAUUGUGGCAAAUUGUUGAGCAAACCAAUGGGUAUAACAACCCACGAAGACGGAGAUGAAGAUGAAGACAAACAUGGAGAUGAAGAUGGGGAUGAGGAUGAAUCUGAAGAUGAAGAUUGGGAUGAAUAUAUGGAUGAAGAUGAAUAUGAAGAAAAAGAUGAUGAUUGGGAUGAACUUGUGGAUGAAGAUGAAGAUGAAGAUGAAGAUGAAGAUGAGUAUAUGUAUGAAGAUGAUGAAGAUUAUGGUAAAGAUGAUGAUGUUGAUGUUGAUAUUGAUGAUGGUGGGGUUUUUACGGAAAAAAAAUUCUCGUUCCUACUAACCGAUGAUCUAAAGAUGGCGCCAAGUAUUCAAGGAUCUGUAAUACAAACUCUCAUCAGUCUUGGUGUUGAAGUACCACAAGGUGCUGAGUUCAUGAGGGUGACCCUUGGAUUUAAUGAGAUUAUUGAAUUGCUCAAGGCAUCUCUAUUCUCCGAGACCCCACUAACGGAUGUCGUCCUUCAUCAAACAAACACGAUGGGACGUUCAACACUGGAUUCGCUUCGUCAUAAGAAAUUAGAAUCACCAUCCAACUCGAACAAGAUGAUGACCGUAAAAGCUAUGGUACAAAAAUCUACUAAUAAGUUAAUAUUUUUUCAAGCCGAGGAAGAUUUUGUCGAUUUCCUAUUUAGUCUGCUUACCAUCCCCCUAGGAGGAGUUGAGUAUCUCUUGGAAAGCAACACUUCGCUUAGGAACAUCGACAAUUUGUACACGAGUAUAACCGAACUGAUAAACGACAAGUAUAUGAGUAGUCCGUGUACCAGAACCAGGUUGAUCAAACCAGAGCUUCCUCCAAAGUAUCUUUCCAAGAAUCAGAUCUUUCCUCUGACCGAACAAACGACUCCUACGAUUUAUUACUUUGAAAGUGGUACAGUCGCAGAAAAAUGUUAUCGGAUGUGCUUUAAGGACCCGAAAGGCGAGGAAAGUUAUAUUAAGGGACCGGGAAAAUAUAUUGUAACACAUGAUUCAAACGUGACGCCUUUUUGCAAGACCAUUGUCCGAUCCAUUAUGAAGCAUAUCAAAAUCCCUUCAUCUGAUGUCAAAGCAGUCAAGUUACAGAUUGGUUUCGAAGAGGCUUUGAGCAUAUUGAAAGCGUCUCUUUUGUCGAAGCACGGUUUGGGAUUAGCUCUUUUUAAUCUCAUAUUAAAGGAACACCCUCUGCCAAAAUAG